AUGAAUCACAGCUAUAAAUUGCAGAGCCAGCUCUCCACCUUUCUUCCUUUGCUUCAUAUAAUCAAUCGAGCUCCUCACUUCCCCCCAUCAUCUCAUCUCGUCGUUCGACAUUUCAUCACACUUCGCCUAACUACACCAUCAACACCCAAACACUACACCAACCAAAAACACACCCAAAGCACAAUGACGUUUCACGGCUCUUCAACUGUCAGUGGUGGUAUCCCUUGGGAUGAACUCAUAAAAUUCGCUGAGGAGAAAAAGACCGAAGAAGCAAAGACGGGCCAUCCUGCGCAGCUUAACAAGCAGCAGAUCGCCGCCAUCUCGCAACUCAUCGAGCUUGUUCAUGAGAUUGAAGUGGAAGAUUUCUGGGUUAGCGACUUGAAUCAGUACUGUCAGCAGAACAAAAUCCCAACUCCUCAGUUCACUCAAGAGACCUUCAACCAACAAGUCUACGGGAUGCCUUUCCCUCGAUCUCGUGUCUUCUGCAAUCUUCCUUCUGAAAACACCAAGUUCCCCCAGGAAGGCCGUGGCUGCGAGACUGGUCAACAGGUUCCAACUUUCAAAAAGGUUCAAAAAGCUAAAAACUUUGCUGCCAUGCAUGCACUCAAGUACCUCCGCAAGGAAGAGCCAGCACCUCGAGGCAGCAAGAGAGCCCCUUCAGGAUCGCAAGAGUCUCCUGCGCAUGCUAGGAUCAAGACAGAGGAAGAUAGCUCUGAUGGCGGUGUCUCCAUGGCUACGCCUCUUCGUUCAGGCGAUCACAGCGUCCCAACUAGUACUCCUUUGGCUUCUGCCACCACCCAGGGCCCUACCGUUCGUGAGCGUGUUGCUGGUCUCGGCGAGCGCAUGGGCUUCGGUAUCCCUGAGUACUAUAUCGAACUAGACAACGAGAAAGAAGAUACUUGGAAAGGGCGUCCUAUUUUCAGGCAUGAUGGGCGGAUUCCGGAGAACAUGGGUGUUGUAGAAGGGGUCGUGGGAAGACAGCAAGCUGAGAUCUUGGUCGCGGAGAAGGUGCUUGAGUGGUUGGAGAAGGAAGAGAAGAACAGAGGCGACCAAUAUUCAAGCCUCAUGAACUCGACCUCCUGA